AGUGUGAAAUGAGGAUGUUUAAUGAACUUGUUCCCCAGCCCCUGUCAAUAACAGCGCCAUUCUCUUGUUACAAGGUUAAACAUUGGUGUUUGUGAGCCAGCGGCGUGCACAUGCAUGACAGGUGGGACAGUAGACGGAGGAGAGACAGCAGCCACAGAACACAGAGUGGAGCCUCUGUGCUGCCACACUGCUGACAGAAAUCCUAGUAAAAGGGAAAAACUGGAAUCCAAAGAGCUUGUAGAAGCGCUCCGCGACACAAAAAGAGAGUGGGUGAGGAGGAGAAACAGAGUUGAGACAGUUGGAUGAGGAGGAAGUGGCAGGGGUUAGUGUAUGGGUGUGGCCGGGCAACAGCUUCCUCGCCGUUUUUUUUUUUGUUUUUUUUCAAGAGUGACAGAUGAAGACAGCCUGCGUGGAUGAGGAGGCUUUUGGAUGCGACCCGGAACACAAAUGACUCACAAGAUGGACUCUAAGAUCUCUAUGGCCACACUAGUAUUGUUCCUGCUCAUCACGCUUAAAGUGUCAUGGGCUCAAACCAACGUUUCAGUAACUCAAACUACACCUGUGCACAACAUUACUGCUUCCCCUACCACACUUCCCACAGAAGGAAGCGGCGUGACCAGAGAAGCAAACUCCACCCAGGAAGCUACGCUUGCCGAACAAACCACAAACCAACAAACUCUCACCAGCAACUCAGUCAAGAACGCCACUUUAGGAACAAGCCCUAAAGCAACAUCGACUCCAUCUCCAACAACCACCACCCGGGGUGUUCCUCGUCCUACCUAUGAUCCAAAGUGGGACAACGAUUUUAAGUAUGAUUACGAGUCCCUGCGAUGCGCCGGGCUGAUUAUUGCUGCAGUACUUUUCGUAAUGGGAAUUUUAACUAUUAGCUGUGGAAAAAUGUGUCGGCUCCCCAAGUGUCGCAAGAGGUCAUCAAAGUCAUAUCGUGUUGUCCAAGGAUAAGAAGAUGAGUGACAGUUGGAGAAAAGAAGAAGAAAACAACACCUGGCUGUAUGAGCUUGGAUGUGGACAGACAGAUUGACAUGUUUCCUGCUAAAAAGUCAUGGGAAAAACAGUCAAACUGUUCACAAGAGCAGAAAAGAAAAAAAAGAGGUUGAAUCAUCGCAAUUUUCUUCUGGAUUGUAAAACUGCUCUGAAGACUAAGCUAUCAGAAGAAAUAAUGGGAAGUUGAUUCAUAUUUUAUUCACAUAGUCAGCCAUGAAGCAAGGAUGAUUCAAAUGACCUUUGUAUCUUGCUUUUGGCAGUGUUUCACAUAAGAUUAUCAUUAAAGGUUACGAGAUAUAACCUCCCAUCAUCUCAUUUCUGACUAUUUCCUCUGGGGGUUUUUGUCACUUUGCUUUGGCAGGAUAUUAAAAAAAAAGUGGUUUCUUCCUGCACACUCAAGAACAGAUGUUUAAUAAUAGUGCUUAUGAUUCUUAGUGGUUCUUUACCGCUGAGUGACGCCCUAGAUUUAAACAGCAUCCAUCUGCACAUCAUCUUUUACAGCUUUGUCUCACUGAAAAACACAAAAUAAAAAUAAAAAACCAAGACAAACACUUUAAAAGAUAUUUAAUGAGAAAAUAAACCAUCCAGAUUUCAGCAGUGCUACACAAUAUGAAGCAUUUUUUUUUUAAGUCUUACAGCUUUUUUUUUUUUUUAAAAAGUGACUGCAGCUGUGCAAACAGAGUCAUCACGUUAUACCGUCACUUAACUGCAACCCGUUUGUUAUGAGACAUCAACACUAUGGAGAUUAUUUUACCACCAAAACAUCUGUCAGGGCGUAUACAAAAAGAAAAAAAAGAACUAAAAAAUUUGAAUAAAAAAGUGCAUGAAUGAGCAAACUUUAUUUUCUUUGCUCCAAUAAAACAACCAACAAAUAUUUUUGGAUAAUAAACUCCAACCCACAUAGGCGAUCAAACUUUAACCUAAAUGCUUUAUUUAAAAAAAAGAAUAAUUAGAUACAUUUCUACUCGAUAGAUACACAAUGCCUUUAACCCUGACAGAAAAGGGAAAUAAAAGUUGUUAGAGGCAUAUACAAUAACCUCGGUUGCUACAACAGAAAGAGUAGUGUCUUCAAAUUACACAAUAGAUUAUAGAAAUGUUUUAUAUUCGCAUUAUUUAUUUAUUUAUUUUUUUAAAUCAAAUUUUUAUCCUUGAAAUACUGACACAUACUGAAGGCUUUUUGAGAAGGGAAAUAAGGCCAUAAUAUCACGCUAAGGCACAAUGCUCAGAUAUACACUGAAUAUAUGCAUCAACAAUAAAUAUUUAUUUUGCAAUAAUCGGGGAGUGAACUAAAACUUAAGUUCCAUCACUUUUUUUGUGCGGAAAUGAAAGUUUUUGUCACGCAACAGUAAAAAAAAAAAAGAAGAAAAAUAAGAAAAUAUCAACAAUGUCGUGUUCCAUGUGAGUGAAACAAAACACUGUUGGUGUUUGGUUAAUCAUUGCAAAGUAAAUUCAAACCGGUUUUAUUACCCCCCUUCUCUCUCUCCUGCACACUACAUUUCCUUCUUUUAAAGCUGGAACUUAUUGACCCAAGUCUGAACUGAACUGAGAAAACAGUUUACACAGUCAACUGACAGGAUUUCAAAAUGAAAGAGUUGAAACUAAAAACCGGUCACAUUGGUCAUUUAUGCAGAACUGCAGAGAAGUGUUUUCAAAGGUCAUGCUUUACAGAAGCGGGGAACGUGGGAUUUUUUUUGCUUUUUUUGUUGUUGUUAUUUUUUAAAAAGGUACAAGAAUGGAGGACGUGUGACAAGCGAACAGGAGGGGAAAGCGAGCACUGAGCCGGCUUAUUAUGGAUUAGUGUGGUUAGUCUGUUUGUGCCACAUGGAUACUAACACAGUGUCUGUUCAUAACCAGUUGGAAUCAUUUUCUCUUAAGAAAAAAAAUAAAAUAAAAAAAUAAAUUGAGAGCUGAAUGAUCUACUUUGUUGAACAUUAAGAUGAGACACAUUUUGCAGUCUUUGAUUUGAACUGGAAAUCCCGGCUAAACUCUAUGUAGACUGAGUCCAAGUGGCAUGAAAAACAACAAAAAAAAAAAGAAGUGGCACCACAAAGAAGACGCAUUUUUCCAGUGCUGAGUGAACUUGAAGGCUGUGUGGGAGUGAGCAGGGAUCGAAACAGUGUCAAACAGGUUGUCGUGCAAAGAAGUUAAACCGUCCUGAGUCAGAGAAGCAGAUGACACAGCCUGAUGCAUUGCUUCUCCCACAGUGAUGGAGGACUGCAGGUGGGUCAGGAAACUAGAUGGGCAUUUUGUGGUUCUGCUCCGUGGGCACGGUGUAAAUCCUAGGAAGAAAAAGGGGGCAGCUGUGUUUAGAUUGUUGUAGGAGAAACAAAGAAAAGAUGUGCAUCAUGGAGUAGUAUCCCCCUGACGCUAAGAAUUGACAGGUGUUUGCGCCACCUGAAAAAGCACCUCAAGCCCAGAUGGGGCUUAAAAACCGGGCGGAGAACAGUUGAUCCAACAAGGCAAAGGUUGCUGUGUCAUUAAGCCUCUUUUCAACAGAGCAAUCACUCAGCAACAAACCUGCACAAGCUGACUGCCACCCCAGGAGGCAACUAAUAAUCCUGCAGAGGAAUUUAACCCUUACGGAUCCAGUCAGGUGUCUUUCCUGCUUUUGUAGCUCUGCAAUUGAAGAUCUCUAUUUGCCAAAUUGAUCCCUCUGACCAAAAUCCAAAAUUGUGCUUUUUUUUUUUUACUUCUAAAACUUCCACAACAAAGAGUCGUAUAACUCUGUAAAGCUCCCUUUGCAGAAAACUGCAGCCGUGUGCAGAAGUGAGGAGUUUUGUAUAACUGGUUUAGGCUGUUCCCCAGUCAGACAGCCUUUGGCUGACAGUUGUCAAGAUCCCAAGUUUCUGUUUACAGGCUUGUUUUUAUUUCUUGGAAGAGCCUUGACUUGUGACACAGUGUAUGAGGUAAGCUUUGAGCAGGUUGAGUCCUGUCCUCUUUGGUGGUACAGAGCUGGUGACACUGUCUGAAAGCCAUUGUUUGAUGGAUAAGCAGGGAGUGUUCACAGGACUCUUCUCGUAAUAUUAAUUGUUGUACAAGUUUAAACUGGCUCUGAUGGGUGGAUGCUGGUGGUGCUCUCACUCUUGUUUUCUCUGGUUUGAUAUGUUUUUCUAAAGAGUGCAAAAUGGAACGCCAGCAGAAACACAGUUACCAACCGGACUAGUUCUGUCGCUAAGAAGCUGACCUAAAGUAAAAUAGACAUGUGUAGGGAAGCAAAAAAAAGAGAACCUACCCCUGCUCCCGAUUCUGCAUUCGCCUUCUCACACACGUAACAGCUAAAACGACAAAAAAAAAA